CUGCCAUCACCAACGUUGAUCCUGCAACAACCCUCCUGGCCUCCCGCCUCACGACACGCCCACCCGCGCCCAGCCCUCGAAUUGACGAGGGCAUUCCCUCCAGCUGAGUGCGAAGAGAUUAAGCACCCGAUAAUCCAGCGCGACGCGCGUCCGCACGCCUCGCGGCCUCGACGACCCUCGACCGAUCUCGUGCACUGCCGCCCGGAUUGAAGGGACAGCGAGCCGUCUCGUCAAUCACAGAGCCGCGCGCACGACGGGCUGUGCCCUCCUCCCCGAUAAACACCAUCAAGAAAGCGCAGCAGACGGGAGGGACGUAUCCUCCCCCUCCACCACCCUCACAAUGGCGGCAAGGAAAUUGCAACAAGAAGUAGACAAGUGCUUCAAGAAGGUGGCCGAGGGUGUCGCCGAGUUUGAAGCCAUCUACGAGAAGAUCGAGCAGUCAAAUAAUCCUGCUCAAAAGGAGAAGCUCGAAGACAACCUAAAGCGUGAGAUCAAGAAGCUGCAACGGCUGCGGGACCAGAUCAAGACAUGGGCUGCCAGCAACGACAUCAAGGACAAGGCUCCCUUGCUGGAACAUCGGAAGCUGAUAGAGACGCAAAUGGAGAAGUUCAAGGCCGUAGAAAAGGCCAUGAAGACCAAGGCCUACUCCAAAGAAGGCUUAUCGGCGGCGGCGAAGCUCGACCCCAAGGAGCAGGCCAAGGUGGAGGCGGGCGAGUUCCUCAGCAACAUGGUCGACGAGCUGGAACAGCAAAUCGAGUCUCUGGAAGCCGAGAGUGAGACGAUACAAGCGACCAUGAAGAAGGGCAAGAACCAAGGGGCCAAGGCCGACCGGAUGGCUGAGAUCGAUCGGAUCAUCGAACAACACAAGUGGCAUCAAGGGAAGCUGGAGCUGAUCCGGCGGUCGCUCGAGAACGGAGGAGUCGAGACGGAUCAGGUCAACGACCUCGAGGAGAACAUCCGGUACUACGUCACGGACGGCAUGAACGAGGAGUACAUGGAGGACGAGGCCAUGUACGACGACCUCAACCUGGACGAGGACGAGGGCACGUUUGGCAUGACUCAGGACAACGAGAAGAGCUCCUCGCAAGAUACGCAAUCGGUGCAGGACGAGCCCCCGGCGCCCGAGCCCGAACAACCACCGGCAGCGGCAGCAGGAGCCGCAGCGGCGACGACGGCAGCGGCACCCAAGCCCAUAUCAAGGAAAGCGCAGAAGGAUCCCGAGAUGGCUGGUGGCAGGAAAGCUUCCGUCCAGUCCAAGUCGCCAUUGCCCGCACUGGCCACGUUACACACCCCGCUGCUGUCGACCAUGAGCAACGGGAGUACAAGCGGGCCGGCCAUGAAGCCUGCGUCUCUUCCGACGCGACCAGCCGGCGAGGGUCUCAAGUACGCAUCGGCAGCCGCGGCUGCAGCAGCGAGCGACAAGAAUGUUGGCAUCGCCCCGUUACCCCCGCCGCCAGGAUCAGCACCCGUAAGCAUAUCACCGCUUCCGUCGCAGGCCAAGACGAGCGCGACCAGCUCGCCCGCGAGCACUUCAGUCCAGCCCGUCCCGCCACAACAACCCGAGCCAAAGCAGGCGCCCAUGGCCGGCCCUCCUCCCGCGGAGGCAGAGCCGACCAGCUCGCGCGCGUCCAGAAAGGCCAAGGCCGCCGGCAAGCAGCCCGCCGGCGCCGAGCGGUCAGGGACGCCGAGUACGUCCCAAACAAACGGCGCCACCAACGGCGUCAAGAGGACCGCCGAGACUGCGGACGAGGAGUGCAUCUACCAUCUGCCGGCUGCGCUCCAGGACCUGGUCGACACGUACGACGCGUCUCGAAAGCGGCCGGUCGUCUCCUCGUCCCCAGCCACGGUCCGGCUCAUGUCGGCCAGCCAGAUGACCAGCCCCGACAGCAUCGACGCGGAGGUCCCGCGAACUUAUCGGCCGGACGUGCCCGUGCCGCCGACAGGCUCUGGAUUCCCCAGAGAGCCACUGCCCAUCUUCGACGACCCGCGGCUCUACUCCCGCAUAGACCCCGACACGCUCUUCUACGUCUUCUACUACAAACAGGGAACAGCACAACAAUACUUGGCUGCCAAGGCGCUCAAGGACCAAAGCUGGCGGUUUCACAAGCAGUACCAGACGUGGUUCCAGCGCCACGAAGAGCCCAAGAACAUUACCGAGGAAUUUGAGCAGGGCACCUACCGGUUCUUCGACUACGAGAGCACAUGGAUGAACCGACGCAAGGCAGACUUCAAGUUUGCAUACAAAUUCCUUGAGGACGACAUUUGAAUAAGUGCGCGAUGCAGCUGGUACGACACGGGGGGGAUGCAACACAGGUUACCCCCCUCCCCCUCAGGAGGCGUACGGAUCCCACCCCUUCCCUGUUUUGAGUCCAAUCUUCCCUUGCCAUGCUACGGUGUUUAGAGACGGGAGAUCGCUUGUGCGGCCCCUGUCCGGGUUUCGGGAUAUGGUAGUGUUCGAGUAAAUUGACCGUGAUCCUUUCAGCAAGGGAUGUUUGCUGGGCGUUGCGC